AGUUUAACAGAAAAUGAGAGAAAUCACGGACGUGAUGCAAUCAGUACGGACUCCGGAAAGAGCGAGGAGACAGUGGUGAACGAGGAGGAGAUCGUAAUUCUCUAGAUCAAUGGUGGAGCUGAAUCAACUCCAUGGCCUGAUGAUCAAAUCUUCAGUUAUCAGAAACGUCAUUCCUCUAAGCCGACUAAUAGAUUUCUGCACUACUUGUCCUGAGACUAUGAAUCUCAGCUACGCGAGAUCAGUUUUCGAAAGUAUCGAUUGUCCAAGCGUGUAUAUAUGGAACUCUAUGAUCAGAGGCUACUCAAAUAGUCCAAACCCAGACAAAGCAUUGAUCUUUUACCAAGAAAUGCUGCGAAAAGGUUAUUCUCCGGAUUAUUUCACUUUUCCUUAUGUGCUCAAGGCUUGUUCUGGGUUAAGGGAUAUUCAAUUUGGGAGUUGUGUUCAUGGGUUUGUUGUGAAAACUGGGUUUGAAUUGAAUAUGUAUGUUUCUACUUGCUUGCUUCACAUGUAUAUGUGUUGUGCAGAAGUGAAUUGGGGUUUGAGGGUUUUUGAGGAUAUCCCAAAGUGGAACGUUGUUGCUUGGGGAAGUUUGAUCUCUGGGUUUGUGAAUAACAAUCGGUUUAGUGAUGCUAUUGAAGCGUUUAGGGAGAUGCAGAGUAUUGGUGUGAAGCCAAAUGAGACAAUAAUGGUGGAUCUUCUGGUUGCUUGUGGUAGAUGUAAGGACAUUGCAGCUGGGAAAUGGUUUCAUUGGUUUCUUCAAGAAGUAGGCUUUGAUCCAUAUUGUCAAUCAAAAUUUGAAUUUAAUGUGAUCUUGGCUACAAGUCUCAUUGAUAUGUAUGCAAAAUGUGGAGACAUGAGAACUGCAAGGUAUCUGUUCGAUGGAAUGCCUGAGAGAAACUUGGUUUCUUGGAACUCUAUCAUCACAGGGUAUAGUCAGAACGGUGAUGCAGAGGAAGCAAUGUGUACGUUUUCGGACAUGCUUGAUUUGGGUAUAGCUCCUGAUAAAGUAACUUUUUUGAGUGUGAUUAGAGCUUCGAUGAUUCAAGGAUGUUCACAGUUGGGGCAAACGAUUCACGCUUAUGUAUCGAAAACCGGCUUUGUGAAGGAUGCUGCCAUAGUUUGUGCACUUGUAAAUAUGUAUGCUAAAACCGGUGAUGCUGAGAGCGCAAAGAAAAUGUUUGAAGAUCUGGAGAAGAAGGAUACAAUAGCUUGGACCGUUGUGAUCAUCGGGUUAGCCAGUCACGGCCACGGGAAUGAAGCAUUGAGUAUAUUCCAGAGAAUGCAAGAGGAAGGUAAUGCUACACCAGAUGGAAUCACAUAUCUCGGGGUCUUAUAUGCAUGCAGCCACAUCGGUUUGGUCGAGGAAGGACAAAGAUACUUUGCAGAAAUGAGAGACCUUUACGGCUUAGAGCCAACGGUUGAACACUAUGGAUGUAUGGUUGAUAUCUUGAGCCGUGCUGGUCGUUUUGAAGAGGCAGAGAGAUUGGUAAAGACUAUGCCGGUACAACCCAAUGCUAAUAUAUGGGGUGCAUUGUUAAAUGGUUGUGAGAUACAUGAAAAUCUCGAUCUUGCUGAUCGGAUAAGAUCCAUGGUUGCUGAAUCAGAAGAACUCGGUAGCGGAAUCUAUAUUCUUCUAUCUAAUAUCUACGCCAGAGCUGGCCGAUGGGCCGAUGUUAAGCUAAUUAGAGAAUCCAUGAAGAGCAAAAGGGUAGAUAAACUUUUAGAAAGUCUAAAACUGAAAUACAAAAAGUCUUGGACUAAGUUAUCAAAACUAAAACAAGAACUCGAGCAUCAUCAAGAAACACAGCCUGAGCCUAACCUUAUGAAAGGUUUUGAGCUGAAGCAGGAGAAGGAAUUAGCAGUGGCUGCCGCAAAAUUUGCAGAGUGCCAGAGAACUAUUGCGUCGCUGGGGCAGCGAUUACAGUCACUGGCUACACUUGAAGAUUUCUUGAUUGAAUCUUGAGGAGGAGCUUGAUCUUUCCCCAUGAAUGCUGAGAAGAAUCGAUAGACUCUAAGAUCUGGAUGAUGAUGAGCAGUUGAAUCUCUGCGUUGGAAAUCUCAUUCAUGAACAUAAGUGUAGAGGACACAUGAACAAAAAGGAGUCUCUAUAUACAUGAGAAAGUAAGGCUAAGCCAAAACAGGAUUGAGAUUAUUUGUCAAUAGAAACAAUGGAAAGAA